GGUUUUUAACAAAAUAAAAUGCCUUUAAAUCAAUGUAGGUUGUGUUUAGAUACUGGAGCGGUUACUAAUGUAUUCGAAAAACAAGGUGAAGUUAUGAUAUCAACCAAAAUAAUGUCUUUAGCUAGAGUAAAGAUCUAUCCAGACGACGGGUUUCCGGACAAAGUUUGCUUUAAAUGUUUAUUACAACUGCAUAGUUGUUUACUUUUUAUACAAGAGUGUGAAAGAGUUGAUUUUAAACUUAGAGAAGUAAAGAAGAAAAAUAUUUAUUUGGGUUUCAAUGAACACAACACAAAAACAGAUAAAAAAUUUAAUACUUCACAAGUAGAAGAUAAAGAAAACUUAGAAAAAGCAACAAGUCAAAAAGUUAUGGAAGAAGAUGUAUGCAUUGAGAACUCUCCAAUUGAAAGUGUAGAAAACUCACAAACAAAAAAAGAUGAAUUGAUGCUAUUGGACAGUAAAGAUGAAAAAACAAAAAGGAAGGUUCAAAAAGAGCAAUGUUUUACAUGCGGAAAAGUUUUGUCCUCAAAAUAUAGAUUAAAAAUGCACAUCCGCAUACAUACAGGUGAAAAGCCAUAUUCAUGCCUUGACUGUGGUAAGAGCUUCUCGCAGCCAGAAAACCUGAAAGUUCAUUUGCGCAAACACACAGGAGAGAAACCACUAGAGUGCACCGUCUGUGGAGUUCAGUUUGCUCAUUCCUCGGGCCUGCUGGCCCACAAACGGAAACACACAGGACAACUGCCAUAUGAAUGCUCUCUUUGCCCCCGCAGUUUUAGGACGUUAGGGCAUCUGAAGUACCAUAUACGUCGUCACACUGGUGAGACAAGUCACGAGUGCGACGUAUGUACCCGCGCUUUCAUUACCCGCAGUGAGCUGAAACAGCACAUCCUCUCCCACACUAAGGAGAAGCCCCACGUGUGCUCCACUUGCGGUGCCUGUUUCGGGCGUUCGGCCAACCUCAGGAGGCACGUCAAACACCACCAUAAAGGAGAGAAACCCUAUACCUGCAAGAAAUGUAUGCACAAGUUUGCCCAAAAGUCAGAUUUCGAACGCCAUAGGAAGACACAUGAAAAGCAAAAUGCCUGA